UAUCUACGCCAGCAGUAACACUGUGUAUUGUUGUUGGAGGUGGUGAGAGUAACAUGUAUGCUUUUAUGGCAGCUGCAUAACAUUCUCCAGCCAGCUGGAGUGAUGCUGAUGGCCGUGGAAUCCCAGGAGCUCAACAACGACAGAAGCAGCUACAAGCUUGAAAUCAAAUGCCGUCAGUGCCGCUAUCUUCAGUAACGGCGUCAGCAAUAAGGCAACAAAAUGCAGAGGUUCAUUCUAUGCGUCCUGCUUGCUACGGCUGUUGGUCAGGCAAAGGAAAUCGAUAAGCCUCAUGAUCUGCAGCAAGAAGAGACCGCACAGUCACACUUCUACGGAACCGCAGAAGAUCACGCUGUUGCUAACGCGGAUCCCGAAGAGAAUGCUGCGUGGCCUCUAGGUCGGCCAGAUAUGCCACAAAUCAAGAGUCUCAAUGUAAAGUGCGAAAAGAAUCAUAUGAAGGUGUUCAUUGAGUUUGACCGGCCGUUCCAUGGAAUGAUCUUCUCGAAGGGACAUUACAGCGACCCAAAGUGCGUUCAUCUGCCUCCCAGCAGUGGGCACAUAGCCGUGAAUUUCGAUAUCUUCCUGGGCAGCUGUGGUAUGACUUCGAGCCAAAGUGCAGGAGAGCACGGUGAGGUCGGCGGGCUGUACAUUGAGGACACCGUGAUCAUUCAAUAUGACCCGCAAGUGCAGGAAAUCUGGGAUCAGGCACGCCGUUUGCGUUGUACCUGGUAUGACUUUUAUGAAAAGGCGGUCACCUUCAGGCCUUUUAAUGUGGACAUGCUGGACGCCGUCACUGCGAACUUUCUCGGAGACAACAUUCAAUGCUGGAUGCAAAUCCAAGUUGGAAAGGGACCGUGGGCUAGCGAAGUUGCUGGAAUUGUAAAAAUUGGACAGACGAUGACCAUGGUGUUGGCUAUCAAGGACGACGAAAACAAAUUCGACAUGCUUGUUAGGAAUUGUGUUGCCCACGAUGGCAAGCAUCAACCCAUUGCUUUGGUAGAUGAACAGGGAUGUGUUGCUCGGCCAAAGAUCAUGUCGCGUUUCCAAAAGAUCAAAAACUUCGGCUCCUCUGCAUCGGUCGUGUCGUACGCCUAUUUCCAGGCAUUCAAAUUCCCUGACUCCAUGAACGUUCACUUCCAGUGUGUCAUUCAGGUCUGCCGCUACGAGUGUCCAGAACCGAAAUGCCCCAACGAUCACCUCCAGACGCCCGCCCAGUUCGACGAUCAUGGGGCAACCGUUACAACCCGAGACCACCAUGGAGCCUACUCCGAAAAUAAGCCCGUUUACGUGCAGCCUGACACCGCUGACGAGGAUGACGAGACCCCGAUCGACAAACGUAACGGCGAUUUGUCCGCUGAGGUAACAACGACCGUGGUUAGCGUCGCCGGUGGAAAGCCACGUGCCAUAAGGCAGCGGCGAGACGUCACGGAAGACAUUGAGACGACGAAGGUAAUCCAGGUGGUAGCGCCAGGCGAUGUAGCGUUCUCGCUCGGACAGGAGCUCGCUAAUCAGACGGCGACCGUCUACUCAAGUCCUCUUUCAGGCGACCGGCUAUGCGUUCCCCUGGCUGGAUUUACAGUCGCGCUCGUUGCAAUGCUUGUUCUCCUUAUUGUCUCGUCUUUAGUUGCCGGGUUCUUGUUUGUUCGCGUACGACACAUCACCUCAGGCUGGCCGAAACCCGACUUCAUCAAAGUCGUCCAUUAAGCCGAACUGCCAAAAAAGAUCGCUUGCUUUCCCGAUGCUGUCAACAACAGGCUACGUUGUUAGAACUCCUGUACAGAAAAAAUGAGACUGAAAAAUACCGCAAGAGAAAGCUAUUACAACAGAAUGAUUUAGAAGUUAUAAACGACAUAAUCGGUCCCUAUGUUCGUAUUGCUGAAAACAGACCGAAUUAGAAUGUGCUAUAUCAGUAUACAUAUAGAGAUCACACCAUUGUCAUUCUCCCAGGAGGUCGUCCACUUCGCUUCAUUGGUUGUCUCUUCGAUCAGUUGAUUUUGGUCGGUAUUUCAACGAGUAGUGGAGAACGUCACGAUACGUCCGAGUAAUGAAUCGCUUCAUUGUAUAUCUAACCUCGCAUCUAACCUCGUAAACGGUUCCUUGCUCAACAACGUGAAAAUCGUGCCGACAAUAACCAAGCCUGCCUGAAAUAUAUUCCAAUAAAUUAGGGCAAAUGUAAUAAUAUCGAAGGAUCUUUGAUGAGAUGUCACAAAUAUAAACACGAUAAGUCACUACACCAUUUCAUUGUACAAACAAAAUCCAAUUUCAACAAUAUACACGUAUGUUGGCGUCACACAUUUAACCCUUUCCCUUUCCUCCUCUCCCCCUCCCGGGAAAAAUAGGCCGUAUUAGGAAUGUCUACUACGGCAGAACCCAACAAAUGUCGCAGCCCAAAUUUUAAGUACAUAAUGUCACUGUGUUACUAUCGUAAUGAGAUAGGAAUCACCAGUGAGCAAACCUAAUCCAUAAAUUAUGGCUUCUCUACGACAGUGUUCGUGCAUUGUCCAACGUACAUUAUUAUACGUGUUAAUAAAAGUUUAUUGAGCUGUGUUAACCGUGAGGUGGCAUGUCAGCACCUGCUGACAUUCUGAUCGAUGAUGAGCUAGUGAAAAAUCGAUCAGGGGCGUGAAUGAUAUGUGGCUGCCGAUAACAAGUUGAACCAAGGUUGUUUUGUUGGUUGUGUUCUACUAAUUUUGAUGAACGUUGAAUAUACCGAAGAGAACCGGCACGUGUUGGGGGUAGUCGUACCACCUCCGUGGGGUUUUAAGUGAGGGGUAAGGUGUGUUCACCGCCUGUUAUUUGCUAAACGCGCCCUUGUACAUAUCGGAGAUUGUGCGGGCGGUCAUGUACACUUCGUAACGGAGAUAUAUUUUACUUUCGCUGCGAUGGCACAUGCCUCCUCCGCUUUUCCAGUCGUUGUUAUUCGAGCUAUUUAUUACAAACUAUAAAACAUUAAUAACGAUUACUAUUAUUUAAUGGGGUAUUUACAAAAAUGACUAUUUUUUUUUAUUUUUGUUGCUAAUGUCAAGAUAAUAAUUGUCAUAGUGUAAUGAUAACCAUCUGAAUACAUAAUAUAAGAAAAAACUUGGAAAGGAGGUAUGCCUGGAGGAACCCAGAUAAUAUAUAUAUAUAUAUAUAUACAUAUAUAUAUAUAUAUAUAUAUAUGUAUAUGUAUAUAAUAAUUAGCUUGACGCAAACGGUAGAAGAAAACCAAAAGAUAUCGGCCACACGUGAAUCUACUACUGAAGCUAGAAAAGGCAAGACAUUGAUUUGAUAAUAGCAAUGAUAGCCGCGAUUCCAUACAUAUAUCUAUAUAUGUUUGAUAUUAACAUUUUUACAAUUACCACACCCAUAGUUAAGGAGGUUGAUGAUGAUGUUAUAUAUUAUACAAUAGACUAAUUGACAAUAGGAGAUAAUGUACGCAGCAAAAAUGAUCCGGUACUGAAGGAAGAAAGAACAGAUGUGGGCACGAGAGCAACAAGCAGCCUCAAUCUUUGUGACGGACGAAAAAGUAAUUAACGCAUAAUGAGAGUGAACGACGGACCCGGCUUGACUAUGUCAAUGAUGAGUAAUAAUGGUAAUUUAUUUUUCGAGUGUAGAUUGAAAUAAUGGCACCGCUGAUGUGAUGAAAGCGAUAAAAUGGCGUCGACAUAAGCAUGAUGAAUGAACAAAACAAUAAACAAAAAAGAAAAAAAAAUGGACAAAGCUAACAUUAUAUGUGAAGCGUAAUUAUUUCGUCAGUCUUAUUUUGUACACACACACAAACAUAUAUAUAUAUAUAUAUAUAUAUAUAUAUAUAUAUAUAUAUAUACCUGUAUAUAUAUACGUAGUCAAAGACUAAUGCUGAUCGCAGCGCGUAGAGAGGUGAACGUCUUUCUAAGCGACUAAUAUUAGCAAAUGUUAUUAUUAUAUCUCAAGGUAAUUGUAUUAGUGUACAGUAUUGGUAAGAAGCGAUCGAGUAAUGAGUGCGCUAUAGAGGUCAUUGUCCGUUACCCUCAUAAUUCACAUCUUCAAACGGUAUCAUAAUAAAUAAAAACAUGAAACCGAUAGCUCGUGUGCAUUG